AUGAUUCUUUCAACUGGACGUGCAGGCUUAGUAAUUGAUAGUUUUAUCGCGAUAGACCAAUUUGAUACCAAUCCAGAUGUCAAGUAUUUUUUUCUUUCCAGUGCUCAUUCUCGUCACUGCCGGAAGUUAACUAGUAAAUGCCAAAGCGAUGGAAUAUAUUGUUCACCGACAACAGCGAAAUUGUUACCUCUAAUAAAUAGUCGAAGAAAACGAUACAAUAUUCCAGAUGAAUGGAUUCGGCCAUUGGAUUUAAAUGUUUGGCACGAAAUGGGCGGGUUUCAGGUGAUGCUUAUAGAUGCAAAUCAUGCACCUGGCGCUGUUAUGCUGAUCAUUCAAGGUGACCAUUGUAGUACUCUGGGACGGAUCUUGUAUACUGGUUUUUUCCGAGCCGAUGCAAGAUUUUAUCAGAAUGUGAUGGGUUUAUCAGUAUUGCAAGAGAAAAAAUUUGAUAUUAUUUGCAUCGAUUCAACUUACGUUGAUUUCGCGGGAGAAUUUCCAAGCAGAAGAUCUUCAGCAAAAGAAGCAGCAAACCUUCUUCGAUUACUUAAAUAUAACGGAGUUGGUAGCGUGGCUAUUCCGGUCCCAAUAAUUGGUCGUGAAAGUUUUUUGGUCAACAUAUCUCGGGAACUCAAAUGCAAAAUUUGGCUGCACCCAGAACGGUUUGAAAUUGCACAUAUUCUCGGAAUAAAUGAUUAUUUUUCGAACACAAAAGAAGAUACUUACAUUUGGACUUGCUCAGAAAUAGAAGGCCAGCAAGUUCUUUCCACGACUGAUUCUCAUGUUAUCAAAGCUUCCAUAACACCUUAUGUUAUGCCAAAUAUACCAUUGAACAACGAACGAGAGCAUUUGAUUCGGUAUUCGGAUCACUCCAGUUCAGCUGAACUACAAUCAUUCCUUUCGUUGUUAUCUUUCUCACAUGUAGUUAGUACACCAAAUAAAUUACCACCUUUGAUCGAGGAUGAAUUGAAAAAUUUGAGUUUAUCUGGAAUGAAAACAGUACAUUAUUGCAAAGAAGAACAUGAAAGCUCAGAAGAGUUAUUAUUUGAUCCUUUCAGAACAUCUUGGAGGAUUGGAAUAGCGUUUGAUUACGCACUCAGAAAGUUUUAUGAUCAGCUGUCUGCAAUCGAGAAUUCUCUCCAUUUACUAAGUGAUCAAAAUAUGGGAGAAAUGUUACCAGAAGCAAGUCAUGUUGACAAUUUCAUCGGUGAACAACAUUUAAAAAUGAACAUUCCUGGUAUUGAUAAAUCGGUUAAUGUACCAGAUACCCGGGAUUCAAAUUCAAUAACUUAUCCAUUCAAAAAGUUUUUUACGAAUUUCAUUAGUGUUAUUUUACGUAAUGAUGAUAAAAGUGAUACUGAGGGAGAAGAAGAUAGAUUGGAUGAAAUGGCGAUAUUGGAUGUGAAACACACAGAAGAUGACUCUCAGGAAGUGGAAAAUUUUUUACAAGAUACUUGUGAAAGCGCUGGAAGUAAAAUAUCUGUUACAAAAAUGGCUACCGGAAUAUUGGAAGAACAAUACGAUGUGUCGGUCUUGUUGGAUUAUUUUACGAACGCAUUCUACACAGAAGAUUUCAAUUUUGGUUCUACAGAAGAUGCGGAAUUUCUGGAGCUUCUUUCCAAUAUGGAUAUUUCGAAAUUUUUCAAUAGUUUUGAUGAUUUGUUCGAGAAAUAUCGGGAAAGCGUGGGAAAAACGUCAGUUGGAAUUAUAAAUCAACCGUAUCAUGUUGAAGAGCACAUUUGUUACGAUGCUUCAAAUGGGCCGAUGCUUCCAGAUGUUGUGCACGAAUUGUUGCAUAAUCCUAUUUUAGAGUUGCAUCAGCGAAUCAUUAUCUUAAAUUGUUCAAUACUGAAAAAUUUCCUGAAAAACAGAAAUUGA